AUGGGUAGCAAUCGCCGGAGAUCGGUUAUAGCCGUGAUUUUCAUCUGCUGCGCGAUUUCUUCCUUGAAUCCUACUACCUCAACUAGUCAGGUUGGAACAAAUUACGGAGAUUCUGAUGAAAUCUUCAAAGACUCAGAUCAUAAUCCUUCGUUCUGCAUCUCCGAUCAAUACAUUAUGCGAUCUUACUUCACUGCACGCACUUCCUUAAACGACUCUGAGUUUCGAGACUUCCUGCUUCUUCAAGAAUGUUCCGAUGAGAAUCCUUCUAAAGAUCCAAACGUGGUUCCGGCUGUAUCAUUGCUUCAACAGAGAGAGAUAACAGGUGAAGGUUCGCAUCGUCAUCUACUUACAUCCAUCAAGCUUCUUCUCCGUCACUCACAGUCUCAGCUUCACGAGCUCGUGAUUGUUGAACGUUUGCCUCUGGGAGUUUUUGCUGAUCCUUUUGAGCUUCAGAAUCUUCAGCAACGCAAAGCUUUCAGUGACGUAUCUGUGUUUGGUGACACGAAUCUCGAGCUGCCUUCCUUCAGAUCAAACAGGUCUGUCGUUGAGAUUCAUGUCGGAAUCAGCUCUAGAGAUCAUGAAGAUGAAAAUGGCGAAAUCAGCGUAAAGCUUCCUUUACAUGCUCGGUAUCAGUCUCUUGAAGAGAGUGGAUACUCUAGAGUGGAGUUUGGAGAGCCAGACUUGUUCCUGUGCUCGAGCCACGUACCAAACCAGGGACAUGAAGAGAGGAGAUGUUCUGUUUUGUCGAUUGGCGGAUCCAAGACUGAAACCAGGUCUGUUGUCUGGGAGAUCCCUGCCGGAAUCAAAAAUCAUACAGAGUAUGUUUCCGUUUUAACGUUUGUGGCCGCGGUUUUAUCAGCGUUUUCAAUCCUUGUGGCAUCUGUCUUGAGCUUAAAGGUUGAGUCUAGUAAGAACCCAAAGCAGUCAUGA